UAGCCAAAAAAUGAGAAAAAAAAAAAUUCCAUUUUGUUCAAUUAUUAUUACAAAAGCACUAAGUCAAAAAAAAAAUUCUACGAUUGAUUAAUUAAUUAAAUAAUGUAUUAAUAAUAAUUUGAUAAUAUUAUAUUUAACUAUUGCACGCUUGUAUAUAUGAGCAGUUAUUUAUUGAAUAAAUGAUAAUAAAAAAAAAUGUUAAAGAUUCACAUCUUAUUAUCAUCUAAUUUAACGACUUUUUAUUUUUUAUAUUUUAUUAUUUUAAUUGUAUAAUUAAAAUUUUUUUUCAAGAAAAAAAAAAAAACUUAAACCACAUGUUUUUAACAAGCCUGUAAUUUGUUCUGCAAAUAAUUAUAAAGAUGACACGUCAAAAGUCCUUGUAAAAUGAAAACAAAAUUUAUUAUUAACUUUGAAUAAUAAUUUAUAUAUAUAAAAAAUAGUAAGAUGAUUAUUCUGGCGCCAGACAUAUGAUUUAAUUUAAAAUCAGUCAUCAACCUUUGGAUAUUCGUGUGUGAAAAUUUAUAAAUGAAACUUUAAUCUGUCAUAUGUUUAAUUCCAUAUUAUUGUAUUAUAAAAAUACUUUUUAAUCAAACAAAUAGAUGAAUCAAAAUUAACAUAUGUUGCUUUUAAUUAACAUUAAAAAUCUGCGCAAGCGUCUACAAAAAUUUCCGUUUUUAAAAAGCCUGUUUUUCCUGCUUUUAAAAACUCAAGACAAAUGAUUAUUCAGAUAGUCAUUGACAAUCACUUAUACGUUAAACACUCAUGAUGAAAGUAUAAUUAUCAGUACCAAUUGAUAUGUCAUACUGUUAACAUAAUUAUUGUCAAUCUUUAGCAAUUAAAAAUUUUAAAACACAAUAACAAAAUGACACUUGUUAAUAAUGAAGAUUUUACUGACAAUUCAAAUGAAGAAUGUAAUUUAAAUUGUCCUGCUGAUUUGGAAGAAAAUAUUAUUGAUGAUUUUGGAGGACUUGAUAAUGGUGAUCUAGAUGAAGAAGAUACCAGUCUUUUUAUUGGAAAAAUUACCAAAAUAUUCAUCACAAAAAACAAAGUAGAAGAAUCAAUCAAUAAAAAUUCCGAUGAAAUAAUUGUUGAAAAUAAUAAAAGCAAAAAAAAAAAAUUUCCAAAAAAAUUAAAAAAAAAACAUGCAAUAUCUUUAAUUGAUAUAUUUAUGUCAAUUUUUUUAAUUGGACCAUUGACCAUUGGACACUGGCGAGGCACGUGGAAUUUAAUGGAUUAUUAUAAUUUUCUUUCAACAGGUUGGAUAUGUUUUUCAAUUGGAUCAAGUCUUCACUGGAUGUUUGCCAUUCUUCGAAAUGUACUUCAUCGAAAAUUAGUAGAAAAAUGGAAGUUUAAAAGUUCAUUUGGACGAGCUGCUUAUGGAUUAUUGAGACUGAUGUACACUUAUAUUUUUUGUUUGGUAUGUAAUAUGCAGUGGAGAGGUGGAUGGUUGACUUUGGAUUCUCUCAUAGGCAUACAAAACACAUGGAUUAUUGGAAGUGUUACGUUUAUGUGUAUUGUAUUUCUACUGAUACUUCGUAGUAGUAGAAAUCUCAUUGCACCUCCAUUCAUUAUUGUCAUUGACAUUCCAAAUUUGACAUUUAAAUUUCCAACACGCUUUGGAAGUCAAGUUUAAAUAUAAUAAUAGGGUGUUAUUUUAAUAGACGUCAGUAACAAUAUUCAAAAAUAGGAUUUUUUUCAUUUAAAAAAUUGAAAAUAAAAAAUAUAUAAGAGGAAGGAUAACCAAGGUGAGAAGAUUAGUAAAAUACAAUAAUAAUUGGUUAACAAAAAGGGCCUAUUAUUAUAGUAAUACAACUGUGUGCCCCAUAACAAUAGACCCGGAAUUAGCUAGACAGGAAAUGCCACUCAGAAAAAUCAUCAGCUUCAAGGUAGCCAAAUUAGAAAAAAAUGGAAAAGAAAAAUUAAUAA